AUGUCGAAAUUCAAGAUUUUAUUAGAAAAUGGAGAAGUAUCCGAGGCAGACUCUGAAUCCAAUAAGAACGAACUAGACUAUAAAAUCUCAUUAAAAACCGAAUCAGAGAAACGCGGACAAAAUGACUUUUCUGCAGAAUUGUUAGCAAGGAAGGUAAUCCGUGCCAAGCAAAUGAGGAUUGAGCGUCGUGGAUUUUUCCGUGACAUUCCUUUGUCUGAAAACUCAGAGAGCGAGACUGAAAUUGAAAAAAAGGAAGAGGGCGACAACAGCGAGGACAGUCCCGAAGAGAUUGUUGCUGAAGAGAUUGUUGCCGAAGAGAUUGCUGUCCCUCAAAAAAAAUUCCCAGAAAAAAAACUCGCGUCGUAUUUCCCGGCAAUUCAGGGGUGUCGGUUUGUGGAAGAGUAUGAAAACCUGUCUCGGGUGGAGGAGGGGAGUUACGGAGUGGUCUUCCAGGCACGUGACAAAACCACGGGCGAGUUGGUGGCUUUGAAGCGACUCAAGAUGGAGAAUGAAAAGGAUGGAUUUCCGAUAACCUCUCUUCGUGAGGUAUCUACUUUGUUGAAAGCCCCCCACGAGAACAUUGUGGGAGUGCGGGAAAUUGUGGUGGGGUCACAUAUGGAUCGAAUAUACGUGGUUAUGGAUUUCGUCCAAAGUGACCUAAAGUCGCUAAUCGAGGCUCGCAAGUCACCCUUUAGGAUUGGAGAAGUCAAGUGCAUUUUAAGGCAACUGCUUACCGCCGUGGCCCACCUGCACGAUAACUGGAUCCUCCACCGGGACAUUAAGACUUCAAACAUACUCAUCACUGACCGGGGGGUCCUCAAGUUGGGUGACUUUGGUUCCGCCCGAGAAUAUGGUUCUCCCCUUAAGAACUACACGCCAGUCAUUGUGACUCUGUGGUAUCGGUCUCCCGAGUUGUUGUUGGGGAUCAAGGUAUGUGUGUGUUUUUUAUUCAAGAAAUAUUCGACAAAGGUUGAUGUGUGGUCUGUUGGUUGUGUGUUUGCUGAAUUGCUGCUCAUGAGACCCCUCUGGACCUCCAGGUCGGAGAUUGAUCAACUUCACGCAAUCUUUAAGGUUGUAUUGAUCAAGUAGUUGAAGGACCUUGGCUCUCCGAACGAGAAGAUUUGGCCGGGGUUCACCGAGUUGGAAGGAGUGAAGAUGAUUAAAAUUCCGGACUAUCGCUAUAACUCAUUGCGGAACAGGUUUGGGAACUACCUUACUGUGAAUGGAUUCAAUUUGCUCAAUUCUUUUUUUCGCUAUUCUCCAGAAAAACGUAUUUCCGCUCAGGAUGCUCUUACUCAUGAUUACUUCACUGAUGAGCCUCGCCCUGUCCACCCUUCGAUGAUGCAGGUGCUGAGUUUUACUCCGCUGGAAAACUUGCUUUUGAGGAACAACAACAGUGGCGAUUCAAUUCCAGAAAAUUUUGGAAAUCUUGGACAUUUACAGAAUCUUUUUGAUGAAAUCACCCAGAUGCCUGCCCCAAAGAGUAGAUGGAGAGAAAACAUUGCCGCAAGGAAAGCCGAGCUGGAAGCGCUGACUGGGCACAUUCUGAAUGUGAGCAAUGGGGUCAAGGGCAAGACUCCCCCCUUGGUGCGUACUUUACUUCGUCGGGGACGAGCUGCCAAAUGGGACCUCAACGAGUUGAGGCGUGUCCGGGCAGAGAGGGAGGAGCUGAUUCUCGUUUAUCAGAAGAAGCUCUCAACUCAUGAGUCUCGGUGUCAGCGCAGGCGGGAGAACAACCUGUUUGAAUUUAAUCGCAGGGUGUUCUAUCGUCGGUUACACGGAGAGACGAAGGAGGGUACCCAGCAAAAGGCCGAAAUGCUUGACACAUGGGGGAGUAUGUGA